GCCAACAUGGCGACUAAAAGCCUUGUACGAGCUCUAAUUCCAUCUUAUUUACCAUUAGUUAGACGCAGCCUUUUAAACUACAAGGAGAUCAACCUAAAGAUUAUAUCAAGAAAUAUUCGUUGCAUUUCUAGAUGCAACUUUUCUAACGCGGCAAGUCAAAUGAAAGAGGUCGAUGAGGCGACUGAAAAUAGUGACCCUCGAAAAACGAAAAUUCCAAUUUUGGGUGAAUUUGAGAACAGAAAUCCUCGAAACGAAGAAUAUUUUGGAUUCAACAAACCAAGAGGGUAUUCUACACAAGUUUACAGGGUUGAUUUCUACAACAAACUUCAAUUCUUAAUGACAAACCGGCAUACAAGAGCUCAGGUGGUGCAUAACAGUGGAUUGGUCUUGGUGUCUGCAUCCACCACUGAGUUUGAAAUCACACAGCAUCUUUACAAAACUACAGAUGUUACUGCUGCAAGGAAUAUUGGCAGAGUUAUUGCACAGAGAUGUCUAGAGGCAGGAAUAACACGCGUGCGAUGGGAAGCUAUGAAAGGGGGCUUGCGCAAACAAAGGACCACUGCCUUCUCAGAAGCCAUUAAGGAAGGAGGCGUCAUACUGAGUGAACCCAGGAAAGUUAUACCACCAGAAACAUAUUAUUUAGAUUUUAGACCAAAGAAGAAGAGAAAAAAGUGGAGGAAAUUGCCUUAUUCAAAGAGAUGGAAGGCUCACUUGAACAAACCAAAAUAAUGUUGUUCUUAUUUGUCCACUCUGUAAAAAA